UUUCCCUUACAUAAAAAUAUCCAAUGUCCAGUAGACCAACACAACGGUGGCCAAGCGCUAUUAAUACUGUGCAUAACGACCGUCCACAUUUCUUUUAGCAACUACCAACACACCUUCGCUGUCCAGCGCCAUGCCGCCGCAGUUAUAGCCACCGUUCAAAUCUCAAUGGCAACAUCACAAGACUCACAGCCCUUUCACUGGCACAAUACAGAGCGCGACGACCACAACUUCGAAAUCCGAGGACGCACCCUCUUCUUCAUCAUCGUUUUAUUGGCCGUCGUCUUUCUCAUCAGUCUCCUCUUCCUCUACGCCCGCUGGCUCUGCAGUUUAACCCACCCCUCUCUCUCCGACGCGGUUCAACCCUUCUCCCAGGGCCUGGACCCCACCACAAUCAACACGUUGCCGAUAAUCAUGCACCGGCCGAAGUCAACGCCGGAUAUCAACCCGGCUGCAAAUAAAGAGGAGGAGUGCUGUAUAUGUCUUGGCGAGUUUGAAGACGGGGAUAAGCUAAAAGUUUUGCCAAAAUGUCGACAUUUUUAUCACGGUGAGUGUGUUGACAGGUGGCUUAGUACUCGGUCGAGUUGUCCACUUUGUAGGAACUCUCUACGGGUUGACUCAGUUGUCCCUUCCAUCAUCUCACAGUAAACACAAACAAAUUCAACAAAAACAAAAACAACACUGUCGACCCCUCUUGAGGCUAUAGAUUUUUUUUUUUUUCCAAAUUAUGUAUUUUUAAUUUGUAUGGCUGCAUAACACGUUGCUGAUGAUUCCCUUCUCACAUAUUUUUGUAGUUUUCUGAAUACUAGUUAUCUUUGUUAUUACAA